GAGAAAGCAACAAUAAUCAGAGCCGGGGCUGAAGAAGCAGUCAAGUUGUGUUGGGAGGCAGAGAGAAGCUUUUAUUUUAUUUUUUUCCAUGGCUGGUUAAUUUUACGAUUAUGGCGCCAUUUUUGUAGCUUAGCUUAUUUCCUUUAUUGUUUUGCUUUCAUUUGUUUGGCUUUGUUGUUUAUUUUUUUUUUGCACUGCUGCUGUUUGAAUUUGUUUUGUCUGGCUUAGCAACAGCGACUUCACGGUCGAGUAUUUUAAGAUGUCUGCACAAGGAAGCGCGCUGGAUGGAGUAGAAGCGGUUUACCAGGAAAAUCAGGAAAACAUGCCUGCACGGUUACGAGGUGCAAAUAAGAGCAGGCUGGAGAACCAGGAGAAUGUGAACGCUAAUAAACCGGCCACCAGGACCGUCCUGGGGGCUCUAGCCAACAACCCACGCCGACAGCCCGCCUUGCGAGGCUCCAAGCAGAGCUCGGCACCCCAAGCCUGUAAAUCGGAAGACUCCAGCAAAAGCUAUGUUGAAAAGCCUGCUUUUCAGAUUCACGUCGAUGAACCUGAUGGGGCCUGCUCCAAAAAACAAGCGUCCACCAAACAAGCCACCGUGGGCUGCUCUCCAUUAACACUGAAUCCGACAGUAACACGGCUCAGGCAGCCUCUCGCCACUAUUGACCUUCCCAUGGAGCUCAGUUUUGAUUCUCCCAUGGACAUGUCGAUAGUUGAGGGUGACGAGAGGACUGUGAAUGUAAAUGAAGUUACUGAUUACGCUGCUGAAAUCCACACACAUUUAAGGGAGAUGGAGGUUAAAUGUAGGCCGAAAGCAGGCUACAUGAAGAAGCAGCCCGACAUCACAAACAGUAUGCGUGCCAUCCUGGUGGACUGGCUGGUGGAAGUCGGAGAGGAGUACAAGCUCCAGAAUGAGACGCUGUACCUGGCCGUGAACUACAUUGACCGCUUCCUGUCUUCCAUGUCUGUCCUGAGGGGGAAGCUCCAGCUCGUCGGCACUGCAGCCAUGCUCUUGGCUUCGAAGUUUGAAGAAAUCUACCCCCCAGAGGUGGCCGAGUUUGUCUACAUCACUGACGACACCUACUCAAAGAAGCAAGUGUUAAGAAUGGAGCAUCUGGUACUAAAGGUCCUCUCUUUUGACCUGGCAGCACCGACAAUCGUCCAGUUUCUCACUCAGUACUUCCUCAGGCAGCGAGUCUGCAACAAAGUGGAGAGCUUGUCUAUGUUUCUUGGAGAGCUAAGUUUAGUGGAUGCAGAUCCCUUCCUGAAGUACCUUCCAUCUCAAAUAGCUGCUGCGGCCUUUAUUUUGGCAAACUACACCAUCACAGGGGCUUCAUGGUCCAAGGCUCUGGCUGAGAUGACUGGCUACACUCUGGAAGACCUCAUGCCAUGUAUCCAAGAUCUCCAUCAGACCUACCUCGGUGCUGCUCAGCACGCACAGCAGUCAGUCAGAGAGAAAUACAAGGGCUCGAAAUACCAUGAGGUUUCUGUCCUUGAACCCCCACAGAAGCUGAUGUUGAAUUGACCCUGACUUUUUUUUUUUUUUUCUUCUUUCUCCUCCCCUCCCCUCACAAAUUCCAGACUCUAACAGGAAUUGUGUACAGUCCUCACGUUGCAUAAAGAUGUAACUGCAAUAACGGACACCGUAGCCUUCAUGUGUGGAGGACAUGGUGAAAUUAGCAUGUCGUGUAUAUUUUAUGUGCAGUCCUGAAGGACUGCUGUUUUUAUGCUUGAUGCAUCCAGAUUUUGUACAGUAGGUAAUCAUUUAAAGCAUUUUUACUUUUUUUUAAAAUGAAAGCAACAAAAGUGGUUCUUUACAAUUUCAAUGAAGAUAUUUUUCCACCUGAUAUCUAAAUAAACCACUGGUUUUUCUAUAAAA